GGGAAGGGGCACAAGACUAAAGUAGCACCUCCGAGACUCGAUGGAAGGCGAGUAGGAGUGUUUGCUACCCGGUCCCACAGACCUAAUCCCCUGGGCUUGACAUUAGCUCGAUUGGAAAAAGUCCAAGAUGAUUGUGUGCACUUGUCAGGGCUGGACAUCUUGGAUGGGACACCAGUACUAGAUAUUAAACCCUACAUUCCUCAAUAUGAUGCUCCUAACAUUAUUUCAUCUACAUUGGACAUCACUCCUGCUCAGGAGAGAAUAGAUCUUAGAAAAUGGGAUAAACUUGAAUAUAAUAAAACAAAAAGUGUGACAGAAAUUAAUGUGGAAGAAAACUCCUUCUCUAAUAUAACCGUUGCAAAUAGUUCUCAACACAGUAGUAAAUCUAAAGUGGUGCAAACUGAACAAAAGAUAAGAUGUAGUGAUAACGAGUUUAUAAGUGAACCAUUUUCAUGUUAUGAUAAAACUAAUACCAUAGUGUCUGGUUCAGGAAUAGUCAACCAUCAGUCACCAAAGCUAAAGGAUACAAAGGUCUUAAAACUAACUAAGGAAUUGGGUGAAUCAUCAAGGACCAUUAAUAUAGAUGGUAAUUCAGGUAGUGUUGAUAUGUCCAAUAGUAACUGUGGAAAGAACAAAUGUCUUUUGUCUCAGUUGAGCAAAGAAAUAAAGCCACAUCUCAGCCUAGGCAAUAAACAUACAGAAAUUCAAGAUCUUCCUACAUCCUCUGAGCAGCAAGAUACUGUCAGUGACUUUGAAAAAAGUGAAGAAGAGGCAGGAGUGACAACAGCAUCCUGGCUGAGAGCUCCUCCAGCCACUCCUCUCCAAGUACUGUUCAACCCAGUAGCCGAGAUGCAGAUCAAACUUUUUUCCCAAAGAGAAGAACAGGAUUCUUACAGACUUGAAUUCCUUGGAGAUGGUGCUGAACUGAGAGCUACAAUAAGUGCUGUACUUGGUGAGGAUCCACGUUCAGCAUAUCGCAGACAAAAGUGCUCCUCUCUUCUCUAUUACUUCACUGUGGAUACUGCCCAUAUUACUGCUUGGUUUGAGGGGGAUACAGCUGAAGUUCUACGAGUACAUCCAUUACAGACAUACAAGAAUACAUCCUCUAUGGAGACUUAGUGUAUGAAGAUAAAGCAGAAAGUGAAUGCUGUGCAAACACGGCUUAGAUAUACAGUCAACCUCUUGUUUAUCCAUGUAUUAAUGUCUUUGCGAGUCAUCUAAUGCAACAAGGUUACAAAUAUAUUUACUUACCUUA